GAAGCCAUCAUUCUAGCGGCGGCAUGGGUUGCACGGUGUUCAACAUCGAUUUAUUCCAAGGCUCGAGGAGCUACCCCCGCAGGACUUUUCACAUUUGAAUUUGACCGAAGGUUUCUUUUCCAUCUUUCUUCUAUUCGUGGCGUUCACCUGCAUUCGCGUGCCUGCAAGUGAUCGAAUGAUGGGUUCUUCGUACGACAGUUCGGUGGUUGUGCCCAAGGAGGCCAGCCCAACAUCACAUCGUCAUCAGGACAGCUUGGAGUAUGCAGAGAAUGGCGAUGAGUACCACAGCUCUAUUCAAGGCCACACACGGGCGGACAACCGCGAUAUGAAUCGCAUGGGAAAAAUCCAAGAGCUGAGGAGAAAUUACCGCCCGUUGUCAGCACUUGCGUUCACGGUUAUUCUUCAGGGUGUAUGGGAGGUUCUCUUGACUGCGACUUACCAAGGUCUCGUCGAUGGAGGUCCAGCAGGUCUGAUUUGGAGUUUCGUCUGGACAUGGUUCGGCUUCAGCAUGGUCAUGCUUUCGCUCGCUGAGAUGGCCUCCAUGGCACCGACUGCUGGUGGUCAGUACCACUGGGUGUCUGAGUUUGCUCCUCCAUCGAUCCAAAGGUCUCUGAGUUAUUUCACUGGGUGGAUGUCAACCCUCUCCUGGCAGGCUGGUACAGCAUCCGGUCCUUUCCUUGUUGGAACCCUGAUCCAGUCCUCGGCCACAAUCAUGUACCCCGACUACGUCGCCACCAACUGGCAAGGUACUCUUAUGGUCAUUGCCGUUACCUUAUUGGUGUGGGCAUUGAACGUUUACGGCUCUAAGGCUAUGCCUCUGUUCCAGAACGUCAUGCUGAUGGUCCACGUUUUUGGUUUCUUAGCUAUUAUCAUUGUCUUCUGGACUCUAAACCCCAGGAACUCAGCUGAGGUCACCUUCACCCAGAUCACCAAUGGUGGAGGCUGGAACUCGACUGGUCUUUCGUUGAUGGUUGGUCAGAUCUCCGCUAUCUACGCCUGUAUCUGCUCUGAUGGCGUUGCUCACUUGGCUGAAGAGGUCAAGGACGCCGGAAAGACUGUCCCCAAGGCCAUGAUCAACGCCUACCUCAUGAAUGGUCUGAUUGGUCUUGUAUUCCUGAUCAGUUACAUGUUUAUGAUCACUGACCUAGACGCCGCUCUCAACGACGCCUCUGGCUACCCCCACAUCUGGGUCUUCUCCCAGGCUGUCGGCCCUGGUGGAGUUGUUGCCCUCAACGCCAUCCCCACUAUCCUCAUUUUCGCCGGUACCUUGACCUACAACUUGUCCACUUCCCGCCAGACCUGGGCUUUCGCUCGUGACCACGGUCUGCCAUUCAGUAACUGGAUCGGAAAGGUCGACAAGAAGCUCGACAACCCCGCCAACUCGGUUACAUUCACUUGCCUCAUCACUGUUCUCCUUUCUCUCAUUAACAUCGGAUCCGACACCGCUUUCAAUGCUAUCAUCUCCCUCAACGUCGUCUCCCUCAUGAUCACCUACGUCUUCUCCAUCGGCUCCGUCCUCUACCGCCGCAUCACCGCCCCCGAGCUCCUCCCCGUCUGCGCCUGGUCCCUCGGCAAGUGGGGCGUCCCCGUCAACAUCUGCGGAGUCCUGUACGCCAUACACGCCUUCUUUUGGUGUUUCUGGCCCGAGAGCACGCCCACCGAUCUCGAGUCGUUCAACUGGGCGUCCGUCAUGUUCGUCGGCGUCGCUGUUCUUAGCAUGAUCGAUUACAUUGCGCGCGCCAGGAAGCAUUACAAGGGCCCUGUUGUGCUUGUUGAAGGCUGGAAAGGAGAGUGAUGGAAGGGAUCUGUUACUAUGGGGGAGGAAGAGCAGAUUGAGCUGUUAGAUAGAGCUUUUGCGGAUGACGAUGUUGAUUGAAAAGGUAUCUUGUAAGACUUAUAAUAGAACGUUCGAUGAUGGCGAUAUGCCAAUAAAAUACCCGCGGCCUUUGAGCCAACUUCG